UUCCCCCUCUUCGGCAUGAUGGUGCAAACAGAAAUAAUAUACUACAUAUUUUGGAGAUUUUUUUUCUGAGAUUUUUCUUCACUAUUUUAUAGAAGCAUGUCAUCUGUGGGUGUACUGUUCAAAUGCCAGAAUUACUACACCAUUGAAUGCAGCAUAGUGGAUUUUGCCAGAGUGACACAACACCGUUUCAUGAUCAGCAAUGUCUACCUAUAUCCUUGGUGUGGACGUUGGCACCACGUCGGUAAAAGCUGUUUUAUUAGAAACUGGCUCCAGGUCGGUGGCUGCGAGUCACGCUUUGCCAACUUUGUCUGAUAUAACAGACCAAAGCGGAAUAAAGGCCAAAGAGCAGGAGACCGGCCGGAUAAUAGACACUCUGAACCGGUGCAUCGGCCUGCUGCCAAGAGACAAACUGCAGCAUGUCAUCAGCAUCGGGCUGUCCGGGCAGAUGCACGGGCUUUUACUCUGGAAAGCCAGGAGCGGUUGUGUUUGGUCCAAGAGCAAUUUCUUUACCAGCGGAGACACCAGUCAGCUGAUCACCUGGCAGGAUGGACGCUGCAGCAGCAACUUCCUGUCCUCUCUUCCAAAACCACACUCGCAUCUCAGUGUAGCCACAGGGUUCGGCUGUGCAUCAAUCCUCUGGCAUGCAAAGCACAGACCUGAGUUCCUCGAGGACUUCACCGUGGCAGGUACCAUCCAGGACUAUGUGGCGUCCAUGCUGUGUGGUCUGGAGGGGUGUGUGAUGACGCCCCAAAAUGCCGCCAGCUGGGGCUUCUUCAACACCUCCUCCAACCAGUGGAACAUUGACAUCCUGAAGGGUGCCGGCUUCCCUCUGCACCUGCUCCCUCAGUGUGUGCCAUCUGGUGGCAUGGCGGGACAAACGUGCUCUGAAUGGCAUGGUGUCCCUGCUGGUACGCCAGUAGGAGCCGCCCUGGGAGACCUUCAGUGUUCCGUGUACUCCUGCAUGAGUGCUGGAACAGAUGCAGUUCUUAACAUAAGCACUUCAGCGCAGCUGAGCUUUGCCAUGCCAGCCAACUUCCAACCUCCAGAUUCUCCUCAGCCCGCCUCCUCCAUCUCCUACUUCCCCUACUUCGGCGACUCGUACUUGGCAGUGGCGGCUUCGCUCAACGGCGGGAAUGUAAUAGCCACUUUUGUGGGAAUGCUCACUUCCUGGAUGAAAGAACUCGGGGCAGAGAUGAGUGAUUCUGGCUUGUACGAGAAGCUGAUUGACUGCGGCCUGAAUGCGGGAACGAGCGACCUGAGGGUGAGUCCUACAAUCCUGGGGGAGAGGCACAACCCGCUCUGCCUGGGUCAGGUCGCCAACAUCUCUCCUGCCAAUCUCUCCCUGGGUCAUCUGACCAGGGCGCUGUGCCGCGGAGUGCUGGACAACCUCACCUCCAUGAUGCCCGCUGAGCGUUUGAAGCAGGCCGGAGUCAGCAGGAUUGUGGGCAGCGGGAGCGCCAUCGCCCGCAAUGAGGUGCUAAGGCAGGAGGUGGAGAAGGCGUUUACUCAGCCGGUGGUGUACGGCCAGAACGCAGACUCUGCUGUGGGCGCGGCCAUGGUGCUCCGUGACCUGCUCUGAACCGGAGGUCUAAUCUACAAGGCAAUCAAUGUCUGUUCACAGGACUACGUAAACAUUUUGCACGUAUGAGAACCUUAAAGAACGUAAUUGCUUAUUUUUAAAAAGGUAAUAAUCCAGCAAGGUGUAUUUUGCAUUGCGAAGUAAAAGAUGCCUUAUGCCUUAUGAUUUUUUUAAUGAUACAUCUCGUUCUUGCUCAUUUACCGUGUAUUCCGGAAAUGUAUUGUAUAAAUUCGUGAAGUUGACCAAAAUCAAUAUGCUGCUACACUGCUUGGAUCGCAGAUUUCUGAUGCAUCAUAGGAUUUCCUCUUGGCUUCCUUCUUUAGAUAAAACCAUAGCUGCAGCAGGGUUUAUCAGCGAGAUGAUGGAUAACCGCUAGUAGCGUGUUGGCACUCAUGUGGAAAAUAGACCAUAAAGGAGAUGUUUUCCUCAGUUUAAUUUCCUUCACAUCUGUCUCAUGAUUUCAAUGUUGCAUACAAGGAGCUUAUAUUCUUUUAAUUUACAAAAAGUCUAUGAAGUCAAUUCCAAGUCAAACAUUGAAAAAAUUGAUAUGCAAUAGGGUUAAGAUCACUUUUGAAUGGGAUCUUAACCCUGUUGCAUAUCACAUUUUCAAUGAAUUUAGAAGCCUUGCUUUGGUACCAGAAUAAAUAAGACAUUUAUCACAUAUCCAUUUAUUGUAAACAUUCGUCCAUGUCUGGUCCUGUAGGAAUGAUGAGGGGGAUGGUUUCUUUAGGCCUUUUUUUAGUGAGCUGAUUGGUGAUUAGAGUGAAUAUUUGAUCAGACUGUUUGCAGAUCCUUGGAUUCAAAGAUUCUGGUUGUAUUUUAUUUAAAUGUUGUACUUCCUGUGUCCUUGUUUUAGCAGGGGCGUCUUUACGUUGGAUCAAAAUCAUUUGUGUUGUUUUCUAUUAAGGUCCACGUCUAAAUUAAUGGUUACUGCUCUUCUCAUUUUCUCGUAAUUUUAAGUCUUAAGCUUCCAGUUUAAAGCUCUUCACAAAGUUGGAAAAUGUCUUUGAUUGUUUUGUAUGUUUUGUACUAUUCGGGAAUUGUUGAUGAAUUUCUAGUGGCAAUUUCUAUACUAGAAAUACUAAUGAUAAUCUAUACUAAUGAGUAACUACAGUUGUGACUGUGAGAAACAACAUGUGUAUUAGAAGGGCUAGUCAUUUGUUUGUGUAUGUGUGUAACUAGAUAAGGGUAAUUGAGCGAUGGUGGCGCAUGGAGUAGAGCGGAUGUGUUGGGAACCGCAAGGUCGGUGCUUUGAAUCCUGGCUGCUCCAUGCGCCAUGUUGAAAUGUCCUUGAGCAACACACCCAACCCUGUGCUGUUCCCUGGGCUUUGGAUAAAAGCGUCAGCUGAAUGACAUGUAAUGUAAUUAGCUCACAGCUUGUGUGGUCAUGUAACAAAUAAAGCAAUUUACA